AUGUCAAACGUUGUAGCUCCAACAAAAAGAGGUGUAAAGCAGUUGGGGAAGAAGCAGAAUGAGGCAACUUUUCUGCCGGAAAGUGACUCUCCUUCUCCACCUUCACCACCUACAGAAGAAGAAGAAGGAGGUGGUGAUGGCGGUGGCGGCGGCGGCGGUAGUGAGGGGAUAAGUCGCAGCAUGCGUUGUCGCUUCUCCCCAUUCGCGCCCCUAGCCUCCUCCUCCUCCACCCCUCGCAUCCUCCACCCGCCUCCCACAACCUCCGAAAGCUCAUCCGCUUGCGAAAAGAUAGAUUUGAGGGCUGGGGAAAUUAGCCGCCACUCUACCGCUGCCGUCGCCACUGCCGCCACCACCACCACCACCUUAACCGUCGCUGUUGUCGGUGAAAUGACUCAAAUAUACAAAAACUACCUGCAUCAUUAUCCGGGCACGCCAAAACCGUCUUCUCGCUUCACUUGGCAUUACCUUAGCAACAUUUUGGACAGGGGGACAGUGUGGAUGGAAAAAUGGGAGCGCGACCAACGUGAAGAGUCUGGGCGUCGCCGCGUGACGCCGCUCACCGACGCAUCAUGUCAGUCUAGACAACGGAUGGCUCGUGAUGUAUCGGUGGUUCCCCCGUUUGACGUGGAAACGAAGGUGUCAAUAUCUUGGCAACCACAACAGUCAGUCACUAGGGGGCCCUGGAUGAUGGUUCCCUCGUCGCCUACCCUGGAAUCAGGCCUCCCACUUCUGAGUCGUUGA